AUGGGAAGCAAGGCUCUGCCAGCCCCCAUCCCACUGCACCCGUCCCUGCAACUCACUAACUACUCCUUCCUCCAGGCUGUGAACACCUUCCCCGCAGCUGUGGACCAGUUGCAAGGUCUGUACGGACUCAGCGCCGUGCAAACCAUGCACAUGAACCACUGGACAUUGGGCUACCCCAAUGUGCACGAAAUCACCCGCUCUACCAUUACGGAGAUGGCGGCGCAGGGCUUGGUGGACUCCCGCUUCCCUUUCCCCGCGCUCCCCUUUGCCACGCACCUCUUCCACCCCAAGCAAGGGGCCAUCGCCCACGUCCUCCCAGCAUUGCACAAGGACAGGCCCCGCUUUGACUUUGCCAACCUGGCCGUGGCCGCCACGCAGGAGGACCCUCCCAAAGUGGGGGAGCUCGCCAAGCUGAGUCCCGGACUGGCCUCGCCCCUGUCGGGCAUCAGCAAACUGUCCCCGGACAGGAAGCCUUCCCGCGGCCGCCUGCCCUCCAAGACGAAAAAGGAGUUCAUUUGCAAGUUCUGCGGCAGGCACUUCACCAAGUCCUAUAACCUCCUCAUCCACGAGCGAACCCACACGGACGAGCGGCCUUACACCUGCGACAUCUGCCACAAGGCUUUCCGGAGGCAGGACCACCUGCGGGACCACCGGUACAUCCAUUCCAAAGAGAAACCCUUCAAGUGCCAGGAGUGCGGGAAGGGUUUCUGCCAGUCCAGGACCCUGGCGGUCCACAAAACCCUACACAUGCAGGAAUCUCCACACAAAUGCCCCACAUGUGGAAGAACCUUUAAUCAAAGAAGUAACCUGAAAACUCACCUUCUUACCCAUACAGACAUCAAGCCCUACAACUGUGAGCAGUGCGGCAAAGUGUUCAGGCGAAACUGUGAUCUACGGCGGCACAGUCUAACUCACACCCCGCGGCAGGACUUCUAG